AGUGAAAGUAAAGUCGACCGAGUGAGAAAAAGCGAAGUUCGCUGUUAAGUGAGGCAUUCCCCCCCAGACAGGCAACACGGCUACUUCAUAGAGGAGCGUGUGCGGUGAAUGAACAUGGCCUCCAUUGGUAUCCUCUUCUUGUUUUUCAUCGUUAUCAGAGCACAAACUGAAGGAAAAUCUUUUGUAAAAGUGGAAUGCAAGACUGGAAACGUGGGACAGUAUGGCCAGCAGUCAAUGCUGGACUGUGUUGUCACAACCUCAGAAGAAGUAAAAGAACCAAAAAUAACGGUGGUCGCUUGGAAGAAAAAGGGAUCUGAGGAUGCCUUAGAUGAAACCUUACUGGUUUUUCACAAAGGGAAAACUACAGGGCAGCCUGGCUAUAGGUUUGCUGAAUCAUCCUGGAACGACAGGAAUAUGAACGUAUCCCUGCUCAUCACCAACACUACGAUGGUGAACAGUGGAGAUUAUAAAUGCUCGGUGAUGACAGACAGCGGUGAUGAUAUCACAGAGACCAGCCUCAGAGUCACAGCCAAAUACAAUAAACCAACAAUACGCUCCAUCCCUGUGAACAUUACUGGAAGAGAAGAUGUCACCUUGAUCUGUAGCUCUGUCGGUGGAUACCCAAAAGGUCGUCUUCGCUGGUUUGAUGAGCACAAUAAGGAGUGGACAGCAAGCAGUGAAAUGGAGGCAGAGCAGACAAACGAUGGUCUGUUUAAACUGUCUAGCAAGCUGUCUUUGCUGAAAAAUUCCAUUUUCUCCAAGUACACCUGCGUAGUGUUCAACUCCAGUGGCGGCAAAGAGGACGAGGUCACAUUGGAAAUACCGGACACAGCAGCAUCUGAAGGUCAUGGAGGAGAGAAAGGGUCGGAUCAAAUCUCCAAAAUAGUCGCCCCUGUGGUGGUUAUCGGAUCGCUGAUAGUAGGAUUGCUGUUGGCGCUGCUGAUUCACAGAAGGCGGUCUCAACGUGACCAUCAAGAGGUUCCUACAUGUGAAUUAGAUGCCGAGCAAGGUGGUCUUGUGGAGACGUAUAAAGAACACGGAAAUGGCACAGUCUGAGGACAUUCUUCGUGUCACAUGAACAUAACUACUUACCAGCAGCCUCUGAAAUCAGCACUUCCUGGUUUUCUAAGCGCCACUCUUUUUCCACACUUUUCUUAUUGCAAACAACUGUGUGUAUAACCAGAAAUAUUACUGUAUUACUGUGAUUAAUCAGAGGAACUGUGAGCUCAAGCUUUAUUCACCCACAAUGUAAACACUCUUAUAUUCUAUAGAUCUAAAAAAAAACUGAGGAUAAUGUUCAGGUCCAGCGACAACAUCAGAGGCAAUAUGUAACAUCCCCAAAAACCAACUGGCAGUGCCAAUUGACUGCAGAUAGCAGUGAGCCUCUGAUAUGCAUGUAUAGGUUGAUGGAUGUAUGUGUCUCAUGUCUGCGCAGUAAAUAUCAUGAAAGGAUUAGCAGAAAGCUUUCUGGAAAGGGCUGGAAGUUGUGUAUGUGCGUAUAUGUGUAGUUUUGUGUGCAUGUGUGUUUUUGAGGAGAAAAUGUAAAUGUAAGAUUUUAAUUUCUUCUUCUUUCAAACAUGUUUGUGAAAUGUGUUAAAAGAUGAGACAGUGAUGGGCAACUCUAGACUUAAAGUUAGACUAACCUUGUUAUUUGUCUUGAAGCUGAAAAUAACCAAAGUCUUCUAAAAAACCUUAAGAAACUUCUCUGCCUGAGAACAUGUACUGUAACCCCCGCAAAUUUCAUAUCCCUUUUACCAACCACUGAGAGAGUUUGCGAGAUAAACGCUGGUCAUCCUUCCAUGUUUCACAUGAGCUUUGUUUGUCACUUACUCACACAUUUGUGUUCCUCUUAACUGUGAUCUGUGAAACAGGGUUUAUGUAACUUUUAGGACCAGUAUGCAAGUUCACUACUAAAACAACAUGUAUUUUGGGGAUCUCAGGUUUUUUUGGUUUUAUUUUCCUCUCUUCCUCCAGUUCUCAGGAGUGCGCCUAUGUUUUGGGCCUUUUUGUAACUAUUUGGUAAGGGAGGCAACCAAAGCAAAGUUAGGAGCGUACAACAGAUACAUCUUAUCAACAUUAGCAAAUGUACAUGAUUAAUCUUGUUACAGUGCUGUAACACAAAACAACCAGGGUUGAUUAUUAACUUUUGGGAGGGAGAAAAACAAGCAGGAAUAUGCAUGCACGUCCAAACCAGAGAGGGCAGGUGCUCACAGUUCACACAGUGCAGGGCUCCAAUGUCCACGGAUUUAUUACACCGAGGUGACGUUUUUAAGCAUCACUGCUCUUCACCAGACGAAAAUGACAAUGUGCCAUCUUAAAUAUACACAUGAUUCAGUCACAUGAUACAGUCACCUGAACCAUUUUUGUUAUGUAAAUAUUGUAUAUAGAAGUCUGUGAAAAUUCUGUGUGUGUGUGUGUGUGUGUGUGAAUUUAUGUCUUUAAUUCUGCAGGUCAAAAUGAAACAGAUGGUCCAUUUUAAUGACUUUGUUUUUUGUUGUAUUUUUAUGAUUAACAUACUCUGUGUAAACUGUGAUCUUUAAGGCGAUGUGAUUUUAAAUAAAAAAAGUUAAGAAAUGGUAA